AUGAAGCGCCAGUAUACCGCCUUUCCGACCGAACAUUUUGAAGACUGCCUCAUGCGCAACUCGCACCGUUCCAUACAGAUAUCUGAAAAACAGUCGAAGAUCUACAACGCUCUGACCGUCGCGAGCAUAGUUUCGAACUCAGCCGGCGUUGACACGUCCAGAAGCGCGUGGCUGUCCGUGGACACGGUCAAGGAAUUCAUGGAGAGCCAGCAGAUGCAAAGCGUCUCCGAACAAGACGUCACAAACAUCAUACAGUCGUUUGAGCCGGAUAACGUGAUGCGGGGCAAGAACUGCUUAUCGUUCGAGGGCUUUGCUUGCUUCCUAAUGGACCAGAGCAACUUCGCUUUCGUCAAUGAAGCAAAUUCCUACGAAGAACAGGAUAUGGCAUAUCCGCUUUCCUAUUACUACAUCGCCUCGUCGCACAACACUUACCUCACGGGCCACCAGCUGAAGGGCGAGUCAAGCGUCGAGCUGUACCGCCAAGUGCUGCUUAGCGGCUGCCGCUGCGUCGAGCUCGACUGUUGGGACGGCGACGACGGAUACCCGGUGAUUUACCACGGUCACACGUUCACGACCAAAAUCGACUUCCUACAAGUGGUCAAAAUCAUCGACAGGAGCGCCUUUGAAACCUCAUGCCUACCGGUCAUCAUCAGCAUCGAAAACCACUGUUGUCUGGCUCAGCAGACGAGGAUGGCGGCAGCCUUUAAGAGUAUAUGGGGCGAAAAGUUGGUCUCGAAGUUCCUGUUUGACGCUGACUUCAGCGACCUCUCAGUCCUACCGUCUCCACUGCAGCUGAAGAACAAAAUCCUGAUCAAAAACAAGAAGAUCAUCUGUGAGCCGCCGCUGCUCCUUAGUGACAGAGCCGUGCCCAAGGUAACGGAUAUUCACGUUUUCAUCUAA